GUCUGGGCUUUGGGAAACAUCUACCAGGCCUGCGACCCCGCGGGUGGGCCUGAGCGGCGGAAGUCCGGCUGCGGGAGCAUGCGGGAUCUUAGUUCCCCAACCAGGGAUUGAACCCAUGCCCCCUGCAGUGGAAGCACAGAUUCUUAACCACUGGACUGCCAGGUACCCCAGCCUUUCUUUCUAAGACCUGGAAGGGGGUUCAGCUGGACAUGGCAGCUGUGAGGCCCGGCCUGGGACGCAUCAUCCCUGGAUCAUCCAUCCUCUUCCUGUGCGACAUGCAGGAGAAGUUCCGCCAUGUCUCGUUCUUCCCCCAGAUCGUCUCUGUGGCUGCCCGCAUGCUCAAGGUGGCCCAGCUCCUGGAUGUGCCAGUUGUGCUGACUGAGCAGUACCCACAAGGCCUGGGCCCCACAGUGCCCGAGCUGGGAGCUGAGAGUCUGCAGCCAUGGUCCAAGACUUGCUUCAGCAUGGUGCCCGCGGUGCAGCAGGAGCUGGACGCGCGGCCCCAGCUGCGCUCUGUGCUCCUCUGUGGCUUGGAGACACAAGCCUGCAUCUUGCCCUUACCUCUUUCUGCCCCUAGCACACAGCCCUGGACCUCCUGGACCAAGGGCUGCAGGUCCACGUGGUGGUGGACGCCUGCACCUCCCGCAGAUCCAGAAGAUCAUCAAGGAGCCCGCCCCAGACAGCGGGCUGCUGGGCCUCUUCCAUGGCCAGAACCCCCUCUUCCGCUGAACUCCCUGCCCUGCCUUGAGGGGAGACCGACCACCUUCUCGUCCCUGGGACCUUGGAAGCGCUUUCCCCCCCAUUCUUGGAUCCCAAGAGUGGUGCAGUCCACCGGGGGUACCGCCCCCUCAGCAGGGGAUGUGGGUGCCGCUUUUCCAUUGGACGGCAGCUCCCGGAAAUGCAAAUGAGACUCCUGGAAGCUGGGCGGGGGUUGGCUGAGCCGAGCUGGAGGUGGGGCUCGGCCCCCCCUCCCCGGGCCACUUCAAGGGGCGACAAGGGGAGGGGGAGGGAGUGUCACAGGCUGUGUGGGACCCGGUCUCAGAGAAUAAACAUUGAUGUGACUGUG